CACCUGUAUUGAUAUAGUAAUGGCUACAUUCGCUACUGAUAAAGAUCUUAAUGCUGGUACUUCACAAGAUGUCCAUUUGGGUGUGAGCAGACCGGGACGUAACAUUAGCAACGGCUACAACCGAGAUUUUUGGUCGCUUUCAGUUUUUGAAGGAGUGAUAUUGGUAGAACUUGCUACUGGUUCUCCAUUUUGGGAAGGUAAUGAUAAAGACAUUAUAAAUCCUUCUAAUAGAUGUUCACCAGAACAGUUAUUAUCACAUCCAUAUUUUUCAUCAAUAUAUGAGAGUAAGGAUGGUAUUAAUGAUAACUAUAAAUAUUGGUGGAUCAAGCCGUUCUUACAAUCACAAAGGUUAAAAGUGGGAGACGACUUUUUGGAGCAUCUAGAUGAGCCACACAAUAAAGAUGUUCUCGAUGGAAUGCCAUUAUCGCAGAUUUAUUAUUUUUGGAAACUAGCAGGAGGUGAUGUAGAAUCGGAAUUAGCUAAAAGAGGUUAUAUGUCAAGUACACCACCAAUAGAAAGGAUUCCUAGGACCGUAAAGGUAUUGGAUGGAAAGGAAGAAGGUACGACAAAAGACACAGCCUUCUUGUAUUCUGAUACUGUGUACAGUUUAUCGCUUAAAGAACUUCGACAGAGAUUAAAAUCAGCUGCUGGACCCAACAAGGAAACAAUCGAAUGGGAUUCAGACUAUUUCCUUGUUAUAGACGAAAAUGACAUGAAUUUUCUUGCUGAUGAAAUGUCGGAUGUUGAAAAUUCAGGUCCUAAAGAUGAAUCACUUGAGGAAUUACUUGGGAAAUAUCUCUACCCGGAUCCCAACAAUAAUAAACCAGCUUCAUCGUCAGUAAAUGGGCAAAGCCCACCGCCAUCAAAUAGUGUUAAAUCACCAUUACUUGCACGGGAAAAAGACGUUGUAUAUCAGUUCCAAAGGGUAGCCCUUUUUAGUGAAUUGCUUCGACAAUAUCCAGCAUCCCGUGAUGAGAUAAUUCAUCAAGCAAAAGUAGAUAUACCACCUUUUUUGCGCGGAAAAAUUUGGGCCGCUAUAUUGGGUAUUAAUGGCGAUUAUCAAGCUUCAUAUGAUGCUUAUGAUAAAGAAACAGAGAAAGAGACUCAAACCGAUCGGCAGUCAGAUUUUAAUGAAUGUUUAAUGGUUGGCGAUUCAUUCCCGAAUGUUGAUAUUGAAAAGUGCGUUCAAUCAGCAUUAUCAAUGUAUAAAGUUACACCUCCUUCAGUGAUACAUCGUGAACACGAAUCGGAUGAAGAAGCUCACGAAAAUCAACCUACACCUAUCGAAGUAAAAGAAGCCGAAUUGGCACCUAGAAUAUCACUUAAGGAUUUAGUUAAACUAAAAAAUUACGUUUUAGUAAUUGAUACGAGAACUGAACAGGAUGAUUUAGUCGAGGCAGGUUUUCCUCGUGUUGCUGUACUAAACGGCGGUAUAGACGUGAUGCGCGUGGACGCAGCAGGAGUUGUAGUAUGCGCUUGUGCUUGCACACCGAUAAAGCCACCAGGGGUUAAAGGAACUGUUGUUUAUUGGAAAUGUACACAAAACUUAAUGAAUUGA